CCCACUUCGUUCGCCACACGACCACCGCCGUUUUUGGCGUACGCUCACCAUGAGCUCGGUCAAGGUCGAAUCGUCCGAAAUAGUGGGCGCGACCCUCCACAUAUCGCUGCCCCGGAAAUACCACCUCUACACGACCCCCUUCCUCUGCCUCUACCCCGUUCUUGCGUACGCGUACUACGUCCGAUACGACGACUGGGUCAAGAGCGAAGAGUGGACGUUCCUGGCAUGCGUCUCUCUUGGUCUCGGGCACGCGCUUAGCUUCCUCGUCACCCGCUGGAAUACUGGAGCGCGCGCAUUCAUCACUACUCGGAAGGCGCGUUCCCUCGAGGACGCCGACUGUGUUCGUAUCUUUCCCGCCAGCCACCGUGGCGAGGGCGAAAUCGUUCCCCUCGAGAAGAAGGUCCCGUCAGACCCGACGACAUACACGUUCAACUACCAGAGGGAUGCCUACGUUGUCACCUCGUCCUCGCCCAUCACGUUCUCCCGGCUGCCAUACCCCUGCUCUUCUAGUCCCCCACUCGGCUCUUUCCUGUCGCCCCGCAGCUUGACCGAGACGGAUACCAAGUCGCUCACCACCCUGUACGGUAAGAACGAGUACAACAUCCCGAUCCCGUCCUUCGUGGAGCUCUUCGGGGAGCACGCGACCGCGCCCUUCUUCGUCUUCCAGAUCUUCUGCGUCGCGCUCUGGUGUCUGGACGAGUACUGGUACUACAGCCUGUUCACGCUGUUCAUGCUCAUCGUCUUCGAGUGCACUGUCGUCUGGCAACGCCUCCGCACCCUCACGGAGUUCCGCACGAUGUCGAUCGCGCCCUACCCGGUCUAUGUCAAGCGCAGCGGAAAGUGGAUACAGAUCCAGAGCGACGACUUGCUUCCCGGCGACUUGAUCUCGAUUGCGAGACAGCAGACGGAAACGAAUGUCCCAGCGGACAUCCUGCUCGUGCGCGGAACCUGCAUUAUGAACGAGGCCAUGUUGUCGGGAGAGUCCACGCCCCUGCUCAAGGAGUCUAUUGCGCUUCUGGAGGCGGAUGAGGCCCUCGACGUCGAUGGCGCGCACAAGAACGCCGUCCUCUUCGCAGGAACCAAGUUGCUCCAGGCGACGAACGGCGGGGACACGCCCGACGGCGGGUGCCUCGGGGUCGUGCUCCGCACUGGUUUCGGAACUGCUCAAGGCCAACUCGUGCGCACGAUGAUCUUCUCCACGGAACGCGUAUCUGCAAACAACGCGGAGAGCUUCUUGUUCAUUGGCUUCUUGCUCAUAUUCGCUAUCGCUGCGAGUUGGUAUGUGUGGACGAAAGGUAUCGAGCGGGAACUCAAGAAAUCGAAGCUGCUCCUCGACUGCAUCUUGAUCAUCACAAGUGUCGUGCCUCCCGAGCUGCCGAUGGAACUGUCUCUGGCCGUCAACGCAUCUCUGGUUGCCUUGUCCAAAUAUGCUAUCUUCUGCACUGAACCCUUCCGCAUCCCGUCCGCCGGGCGUGUGGACGUCUGCUGCUUCGACAAGACAGGCACAAUCACCGCGGAGAACCUCGUCGUAGAGGGUGUUGUUGGUGUCGACCCCACGGACGCUCUCAAGCUCGUAGACGUCAAGGCUACUGGCCGCGAAACGACGCUCGCCCUGGCUGCCGCCCACGCGCUCGUGCGCCUCGACGACGGCACGAUCGUCGGCGACCCUAUGGAGCGCACGACGCUCGACGCACUCAACUGGCAGCUCUCCAAGGGCGACAGCAUCGCCCCGAUCGACGUGGCUGCGCCCCACCGCACGCACCUGACCGUCCGCCGCCGGUUCCAGUUCUCGUCCGCGCUGAAGCGCAUGAGCACGGUGUCAAGCCUGCCGAACGGGCGCUGCAUCGUUGCGGCGAAGGGCGCCCCGGAGACGAUUAAGCGCAUGCUUGCGGCGGUGCCGGAGGGAUAUGAUGACACGUACAAGUGGUACACGCGGAGGGGCAGCCGCGUGCUCGCGCUCGGGUUUAAGGAGAUGGACAGCUUGACUGUGGACAAGAUCAACAAGCUUCCUCGUGACCAGGUCGAGUCUGAACUGCAGUUCGCCGGAUUUUUGGUCUUCCACUGCCCGCUCAAGCCCGACGCCGUCGAGACUCUGAAAAUGCUAGGCGACUCCUCACACCGCUGCGUCAUGAUCACCGGCGACAACCCGCUCACUGCUGUUCACGUCGCUCGCGAUGUGGAGAUUGUCGACCGCGAUGCCCUGAUUCUGGACGUGCCCGAAGGCACCUCCGACUCUAGCCUUGUGUGGCGUUCGGUGGACGAGACCGUGAUCAUCCCCGUCGACCCCACGAAGCCCCUCGACACGACCCUCUUCGACAAGUACGACAUCUGCAUCACCGGCGCAGCCAUGAAGUUCUACCAGGCCCACCCCUCCUGGAACGACCUCGUGCAGAACACCUGGGUGUACGCGCGCGUCUCGCCCGCACAGAAGGAGUUCAUCCUCACCUCGCUCAAGAGCCUCGGGUACGUGACGCUGAUGGCGGGCGACGGCACGAACGACGUGGGCGCGCUGAAGCAGGCGCACAUCGGCGUCGCGCUGCUGGACGGCACGGAGGAGGACCUGAAGAAGAUCGCGGAGCACCAGCGCAACGAGCGCGUGAAGAAGGUGUACGAGAGCCAGCUGAAGAUCUCUGCGCGCUUCGGUCAGGUGCCGCCGCCAGUCCCGCCGGUCAUCGCGCACUUGUACCCGGAGGUCGUCGAGGCGCAGAAGAAGGCCGCCGCGGACCAGCAGAACGCGAAGAAGAAGAACCCGAUGGAGAAGUUCGAUAUCGCGACGAUUACGGACAAGUUGGCGGAGAUGGACGGCGAGGACGAGGUGCCGAAAAUCAAGCUCGGCGACGCGUCCUGCGCAGCGCCGUUCACGUCGAAGUUGUCCAACGUCAGCGCAAUUACGCACAUCAUCCGCCAGGGCCGCUGCACGCUGGUGGCGACGAUCCAGAUGUACAAGAUCCUCGCGCUCAACUGCCUGAUCACUGCGUACAGUCUGAGCGUGCAGUACCUCGAUGGGAUCAAGUUUGGCGACUACCAGGUCACAAUUACGGGCAUGCUCAUGUCGGUCUGCUUCCUCUGCAUCUCGCGGGCCAAGCCCGUGGAAAAGCUCUCCAGGGAACGCCCACUCGGGAACAUCUUCAACUUCUACGUGCUGCUCUCUGUCCUCCUGCAGUUCGCGCUGCACAUCGCGACGCUCGUGUACAUCACGCAGCUCACGCACGUGUACGAGUCGCGCGGCGCGAUCGACCUCGAGGCGAAGUUCGAGCCGAACCUGCUGAACACAGCCAUUUACCUUCUCGGGCUCUCGCAGCAGGUGUCCACAUUCGCGAUCAACUUUCAGGGACGGCCGUUCCGCGAGGGCAUCCGCGAGAACUCGGCGCUGUACUACGGGCUGGUCGGCGCGAGCGCGGUCGCGUUCUCAGGCGCGACGGACCUCAUGCCCGAGCUCAACCGCUGGCUGCAGAUCGUCGAGAUGCAGGACUCGUUCAAGUUCCGCCUGACCGCCUCGAUGGUCAUCGACUUUGCGGGGUGCUGGAUCAUCGAGAAGGUGUGCAAGGCGCUGUUCGCGAACCUGGAGCCGAAGCCGAUGGUCACGCGUGGGCGCGAGCGGAGGGAGAAGCGGCGGGCGGAGGAGGCGUUGGCCAAGAAGACGGAGUGAGAUGGAUAUUGUGUGCCCGUUGCUCUCGUUGUGUUGCAUACUGUAAUGUCUUGUCAAGUAGAUUACGAUCCUGCCAAUACACCCCACUAGAUGAGGUUAAC